AAGAUAUCAAAUACGAAUUUUGUUUACAAAUGGUUGCUAUUUACCUAUAGCAUAUAUAUUUUUCUUAAUCAUAAAAAUGUCAACUCGAAUGGAAUAUAUUAUUUCAUCUUGGGAAAUUGAAUCAUUUAUAGAUAAUUUACAAAUAUCUGAUCUUGAAAAUAUUGGAACAAAAGGAUGGUUUGAAUUUCAUAAAAGAUUAAUGUUAUUGAAUGAACAAAGUGUAUUAGAAAUUAACGCUUUGCGAGAAGAAAGUACAAAGGAAUGGUUUGUUUCUCUUGGAAAGAUUCCUAUUCUUAUAUAUGAAGCUAUACAAAUUGAUAUAUGGAAACAUAAAGUAUUUCCACUUUUGGUAGAAAUGAAUGAAGAACCAAAAAAUACUUUUAUGCUAUUCACAAUAUUUUAUCAUGAAGAUAUUGCAGUUUCUUUAUUAGAAAAUGUAUUAUUUCACUGUGAAAGUGCAGAAACUUUGAAUGAUUCUAUUCUUGAUCUUGUUGAUUAUGCUGUUAAAUCUGUAUCUCUACUCAUUGAUGUAUCGAAUGUUGAAAUAUAUGAAAAUGUAAAAGACCCAAAUUCAUGUCUUGAAGAAAUUUUUGAAAAAAAGAAAGAAUUCGAAUUUGACAUUGGUAUACGUUGCAUUUCAAUUCUUCGUUACUUGGCUGAAUUUGCAGACAAAUUACCAUUAUAUGUAUUAUCGCGAUUAUUAACUACACAUGAUGUACCCUACUUGCUUGUUGAACUUAUUGAGAGACGUCCAUGGACAAAAAAAAAUACAGAAGGAGAAAAUAUGAUAUAUAUUGGUGGUUGGAGAAAAACAAAAUUAAAUGAAGAGGAAAAGAUUUCUAAGAUAGAAGGACAAAUUUGGUUAGGUUUACGAGAAUUAUUACUUAAUCCAAAAAGUGCAUCUUAUUAUGAAAUUACUGAACAUAGAUAUUUUAAAUUAUUAAAGUUACAGAAAUAUUUGCAUGAAUGUGUAAUAGAUCAAAUUUCUCCUUUAAUGGAUUUAAAACAAUGGUUAAAUUAUUUAAAUGUAUCAUCACCUAAUACUAAUGCAUCACGAGCAAUUAAUGUGGAACUUAUACCACAGAUAAGAUCAUCAAUAAUGGAGAAAUAUCAUAAAAAAUGGAAAAAAUUAGCAAAAAAUCAAUCAAAAUUUAUAUACACAACAGACGCUGAUUAUAUAAAAAAUGCAGCUCAAAUCUUAAGUGAUGCAUAUGAUUUAGAUAAACUAGAUUGUAUUGAUAUUAAAGAAUGUUUUUUAUGUCAUGAAGAAGCAAAAAAACGUUGUUCCAAAUGUAAAGAAGCUUGGUAUUGUGGAAGGGAAUGUCAAAUAAAAGAUUGGAUUAAACAUAAAAAUAUUUGCGACAAAAUAACAAAAAAU